AUGGCGUUUCGUUGUUUCCACGGCCCAGUUGACUCGGCGUUAAGUGCGUCGCGAUUGUCCGGCCAGCGCGCUAAAGAAAUGAAUAUAAUCAUAGUGGUUUUGCUGUACGAGAUCAGCGACGAUCCUCAGCGCAAGGAGUUCCUCGACGAUCUGUUCUCGUUCAUGCAGAAGCGCGGUAAGUUCCCACAUAUCGCUCAUUGGGUCCUGAUUGAUUCGCCCCACAAU